GAAGAAGUGCUGCGGCGCACAGUUUUGGAAGUACUGAACUCGAGGACAAAGGUGCUGAACAGCGACCAUGAUGAUGAUGUUUCGUCGUUGGCGGGAACACGAACAAGGUCGCGUAUGAAAGUGGCGCGUCGAGGCUUGUCGGUUACCAAGGGCAACGUUUUCAAUUGUGGUGUUCGCUUUCUCCAUAUCUAACUUUUUGCCAUUGCAAAGCAAGAACAAUAACUUUCAAUUGUACAAUUCACCGGCCAAGGUAUAGUUCUAUCUAUGCACAGCUUAUAGAACGAUCCUUAGUAGCUUAGCUCAUUGCCUUUCCUGAUGGAAGAUUACAUUUGAACUUUUGUGUGCUCGUAAAAACAACGUGUAGCAAUUUCAAUAUCGACAUCAACAGUGCCUAGAAGCAGUCCUCUGGAAUCGGGAGAGGUAGAGCUGUACUCACAUGCGAACGGAAUCCGUUUGAGCCCCGCGUGAUUUCCGCCUUCAACAUGGAUCGUUCAGUAGCAAUGGAUUGGCCAAGUGCGCGAGUCGCCAAAGGAGGGCUCUUCCAUGCCCCCAAAACGAAGUACACCAAGGAGACUCAGGAUCUGAUUAAGGUUUUGAUGGAGGAAGCAAAACUGACCAUCCUGCAGCGCAAUAAAAUCAACUACCAUCUGCGCACCGGAGAACCGCUUCCGCCUCCGAAGGAGCCCAAGUUUGAGCAGGAAUACAACAACUUCCUCCCGAUGGCCAUUGCCAGGAAGAAUAUUAAAAAACGGUCGCUGUCGACGAUUAUCGAAAGUGGCGCAUUCGACGUGGAGAAAUAUGUACCCAAGGAUGGCAAAGAACCGGUGGAAAAGUCCAAGCUGAAACUGCAAGAACGGAUGGCGGGGUGCAAGAUAUUUCCCGACAACGGCCGUAAACGGAUGCUGCGUCGUUCGAGCGAUACCGAUGUGGACUAUACGGAAACAGAUCGCGAAACGGAGCUGCUGGAGGAAAUCAAUGAACGUGUGGAAUGGUUGGCAGAGAUGGAAGCCCUCGGGGAAGGAAAGAAGCACCGUCAAGUAAUCCACGCGCAGAUCGCCGAACGUCUCAACGAACUCAAACGAUUGGAACGGGAGCAGUCGAAGGAAGACUCGGUGGAUAGGAAAUAAGGGGUUUGUCCAAAUUUGCACAAUUUAGCAACGGAUGUUCGGCAUUAGAGUCAAUAGCAGCACCGGAUUCCAAUAAACCUUUCAGCUGUUUUAAUGAA